AUGCCCCGAUGGGGAAGAUCACCGGGGGCAAAAGUGGGGAGACAGACUAGGAGACGUGCGGCUCCGUGGGUGGAUGAGGGCUCAAGGUUUGAGGAGUUAGGUAGCGAAGAGGAGGAGGAGGAUGAUGAUGAUGACGUAUACGUCUGCCGCGACACGCGCGCACUGUACGCAAGACAGGUGACGGCUGAGAAUAUGGGUGGAGGAUCAGUUCGACGAAGGCGGAUGGUAGAGUAUGACGAUGGAGACAACAUGGCGGCUGUCGAUGAGAUGGACUAUGACCUACACGAUAACAUGGACAGCACGAUUGCAUAUGCAGUGCAGUUAGCCAUGAAGGAUAAAGAGGAGCGGCUAGUGGAUCAGGCACUUGACCGAAUACGGCGCGCACAGGUUCAGGGUCAGAAGAACGUGCGCUUAUCAAAACGGGAGCUGGAGGCGAUUGAGCGCAAGCGAAUGGAAUCGAGAGAAACACCGGAGCUUGAUCCCCGCGGCAGCCCUCUCAAAGGAAUGUCCUCUGGUAACCGACACCUGAGGUCUCCCGCAAGCCCCAACAAACGAGUCUCUGGGGGGAUUUCACGCGGCAAUUCAAAUGUUUCAUCUCCAAGUAAACAUGGCAUGCCGUCUUCCUUGGCAGAUAACAAUAGUGCCUAUGCCUUUUGGGCGAGGACUUCAGGUGUUUCCCUCGUGCCUGAAGCCUCACCGAAGUCGCCCUCUGCUCGCCCCCAACCCAAUCACACGCCCCCUCGGUCUCCGCUCCAGCCAGCUUACUCUUCAGAGCGAUCGCCAUCGGUACCUCUUGUUCGCAAUCCUGAAUCCAUGCGUGGACCGGCCUUUACACGUCCUCUCUCCGAUGAUCCCCAAUGGGUAUCCACCUAUCAGCCUCCAUAUCCUAUGGAUCCCCCGCCGCACCCGCUAGAUCAUUGGCGUGGCUCAGUCGGCCGUGUGGGAACGACAUCCAUGCUCGACUAUCGGACUGUUCUCAAUGGUUCUCCCAACAGCGCACAUAAUGCGACAGCAUCCCAAGGACGAUUGGGCAAGGCGACGGAGAAAUACCUUCGGAAUGGCGAGGGGCAUCAGAGCAGUGAUCUGGACGACAAUAGCGAUGAAUUGCAUAUUGUAGACGUGGUGGAGCGGAGAGUGCCCGCCGGCAUGCCAACGCGGGUGCCACCUGGGCGAGGACGUCGUCAGCGCGGCAGCCGUCCUUGA